AUCAAUACCAAUAAAACCGCCAAUCAGAUCUCCCUUCAUCUUCUCUCCUCUGACUCAUCUGUCAUCGAAAAAUGGGUGGACCGAUCGUGUUGACUCAGUUAGCCACGGGUCUGACCGUUCUUGCCGGGGCGGCGCUCGUGAAAUCGCUCAUGGACCAGAACCCCAUGCCCGGCCAGUUCCCUCGGUGCUCUAGUUGUAAUGGCACCGGUCGGGUUACGUGCAUGUGUAAUCGCUGGUCAGACGGAGAUUCCGGUUGCCGGACCUGCGCAGGGUCGGGUCGUAUGGCGUGCAACAGCUGUGGCGGGUCCGGAACUGGUCGACCUCUCCCUGUUCAACUCUCUGUACGGCCACCGAACCGCCCGGUUUAACUGAAUUGGACUGGUUUGUGCUGCCGGAGGAGUUCAUCUGGGGGCAUUAGAAGUUCUACUGAUACAAAGGCUCUUUCUGAGGACACACAUCUUCAACCUCCUCUCUUGGUAAACAUCUUCAUCAAUGUCCACCCUACUCUUAUUGCCUUCUCCUCACUUGGGAGUGAAAGCCUGAAAU